AAGAGUUGUGUGGAUUUGUAAUAAGGUCACUCUGCCGCCAUCUUUUUUGUUUCACGGAAAAAAUUACAAAUUUGUCCGGUAAAAAUAGUGUGAAAUAAAUAAUUAAUUUGCGCCAGCCGCACGCUAGAAAAAGCCAAACACAACAAGAAGACAACGACGACAUCGCGACGGGGAGGCCGCGUUUAAAGAACAAAACAAAAACCAUAAAAAGAAAACCUGCAUUUUUAAAAGAAAAGAGAAACAAAUAUUCAACAAAAUGGGAGAAGUAAAGUCCGUGAAAGUGGACAACUGGGGUGUCUUCUUUCUCCAGAAGCUGCAGAAUUUCUUUAACAAAACGGACUAUUGUGAUUUAACGCUACAGUUUCGUGACAAUUCACAAUUGAAGGUGCAUCGCUUGGUGCUUAGCGCGUGCACUGAUUAUUUCAAUGUGCUGGAGCAAACAUGCGAAAUUAUUGACGACGCUCUCAUCAUGCCAUCCGAGUUUCAAGCCGAUGUUGUUGUGCCAAUUGUCAACUUCAUGUAUACGGGCACACUGGAGUUUGAAUUGAAAAUGUAUGGCAAACUGUUGCGCACCGCCAGGGAGAUGAAUAUGACGGUGUUGUUGAAGCUUCUCGAGGCACAUCGUCGCACCAUGGAGAAUGUGAAUCGACAGCAAAGACCACCGAGUCCGAAGGGCAUAAGACGUCGCCCUGUUGUGCCCACCAGCAGUGGAAACGCAACACAGCAACGUGCCUCUAUUGGAUCAGCACAGAAUCGCGGUGGCAUCGCAAGCGUUAACACCAGCGGUGGCAGCAGCACCACAGUGCGCACGAAUGUGCAACAGGCCCGUAACGUGAAUACGCCCGCAAUACUGCGUUCUGGUGGCAUCAACAAUCGUUCGCAAUAUGCAGAUUCACCAGUCGUCAAGCAGGAGCCCACCUCACCCUUUGAACAACUAAGAAAGGGAUAUAACAACAACAAGCGACCGGCGCAGACUAGUUUGCUGUCGCCGCCUUCAAAGAAACCCAGCUUGGAGGAGGUGAAGGAGUUUGCCGAACAGCAGCGUAUGCGCAAACAAAUUGCUGCCGAAUUCGGUGAUCAUGGCGAUACGGAAUAUGACAACAUGAUGCUGUACGAUGAUGUGCAUACGGGCGAUGAUGAUGACGAUGAUGUGCCACCACAGCCGUCGACAUCAAAGCAGCAGCAACAACAAACACAACAGCAGCAACAGGCAGUGCAGUCAGGCACACAGACACAGAUGGAGCAUGGCACCACAACCAUCAUACUCAAACAAGAUUCGCCCAGCCAAACGCCCACAAUCAUUGUGAAGGACUCGUCGAACACAAAGCUUAAUCACACGAAAAUCAUAGCUGAAGUGUUGCGUCAAUAUCCGCACAUUGUGAAGGGCCACAAAAAUAUUAAACUGAAAAUAAUGCCCAACAGUCCGGUGCAGGAGAAAACCGCUACAACUGUGAAGCGUGGCUCCCCAACAGCAGCAGCAACGUCAUCAGGAGGUGGCGCUACGUCGCCACAUAAGAAACUCCAUGUUUCCUUUAAACCAGACAAACCGAUGAUAACCACGCAGCAACAACAAAAGACCACACAACAAAAAGCAGCGGCAACGUCAACCACGUCGUCCUCGUCAACGGGUGCUGCGGCGGCACAAAAGCGACGCAUCGAUAGUAAGACAAUGCAUGCGCUUAUUGCACUUGGUGCUGAGAACACCACAGGUCCUUGGCUAUGUCUACGUUGCGGUGUCAAUGGUCGACCGAUCAGCAUUCCAUCAUAUCGUGGUUUCCGUCGCCAUCUGAUCAACACACACAAAGAGACUAUUGAUCCGGCGCUGUGCGAACAUUGCGGUUGGCGUUCCGGUAACAAUCGCGAGCUGCAUUUCCAUAUGUACACCGAGCAUGAGAUCAAAUCGCUGCUCUACAACUUUGCUGAAUGUGCACUGUGCAAUCGAACGUAUUUAAGUCGCGUGGAACUUGAUCAGCACAUUAACGAGGCGCACACGGAUGAAAACAAACAGCAGUGCAUUUAUUGUAACAAGGUGUUUGCGCAGGAGCUGCAACUGUAUAGGCACAUGAAGAGCUACCACAAGGCUCAGGCGCUAGAGGAUGGCAUCAUUGAUGAAACCGAUGAAGAGUAUAUGGGGUCACAGGAUGAAGAUGAGCAUAUGGCCGAAGAAGAUGAACAAGAGGAAGAAGAGGCCGAGGAUGAGCCUAUGCAAGACGAAAAAGUGCGCAUUUUAUCCGACAUCAGCUUGCCAGCGUCAAAUGCUGUACUCCAGCAGCAGCAACAGCAGCAAGCCUGUGACGAACAAGAACAAGAGGAGGCCGAGGAAGAAGCAGAUGCUGAUGCCGAACAAUUGUUGCAAUCCAACGAACAGGAAGUCAAGUUUGUUGGUGCCGAUGGCAACGAGGUGGAGCUAACAGAUGAACAGCGCAAGGAAAUCUUGUCACAGUUGAAUCAACAGCAGGCAGGCGCACCCAGCGGUGGCGUUGUCAUGGUACUCAGCGAGCCCGAAAAUGAAGUGAAACAGGAAACUGAUGCCAAGUCAACAGCGGGUACCGAGGAGGAAUACGACGACAGUCAAAUUUAUAGCGAAUUGGGCGCCGCCUCAAUGGAGAGUAACAGCAAAAAGAGCGAAGCUGCAGAUGAAAGUAAGGAAUCUGUGGGCAUGAGUCUUGAAUGGGCAGAAAAUUUACUAUCUAAGCACGACUUGGAAACGGAACAGAACAGCAAAGAACCAAAGCCAGAGACGCGUCGAGAUGACAUUAGUGAAAAGCUUAAAGAGUUGACGGGCGAUUGGACCGAGGAUGAGAACGAAGAUGAAGAUGAAGUGGCAAAGACUGCUGCGACUACCGAAGCUGCUGCCGCUGAUGAGCCGGAAGCUGUUUUAGAAAAAGAAUCAGCAGAGGUUGCUGAUGUUAAAGAAGCUACCGAAGAACAUGCUGAGCCAGAGGAUGAUAUUGACUUGGCACUCGAAAGCUUACACAAAGGAGAAACGGAGCCCACAACUCCAGCAACAGUUGAGGAAGUUGCAAGCUCCAGCACAGCUGAAAUAAGCCAAGACGAACCAGAAGCUGAACCAACUGUUAAAAGCGAUGCGGAACCAAUGGACGACGACUCAAGCGUUACUGUUAAAACAGCUACAAAAGAUGAAGAACAAUCGACCAUUAAAAAGGAAGACGACGAAAUGGCCAUAGAAGAUACGCCACAAACAACAACAUUGGAAACUGAAGCCGCAAACGAAACAAAUGACGAGAGUCGUGCUGAAAACAAUGCUGAAACUUCAGCCACAAGCAUUGAGGAUGUCAGUCUGGAGACGGAUACUAUUCGAACAGGUUUGCUCGAAGAAUUAAUUGCCGAAGCCGAAGCGCCUGAACCCGAUGCAACAGAUGUCAGUGCACAACAAGAGGAAAAAUCUGCUGCUGAAGUGUCGCCAACUCAGCUCCCUGUUGUCGAUGGAUCAGAGGAAGAAUUGAAAGAGAAAGUGCCCAAUGAGAAUGCCAAUGUGAAGCCAACCGCGGAGACCAAUAAUGAGGAAAAUGCAGAAGCAACGACUACAUCGCUGGAAGAAGCUGAAGAAACUGAGGAGAAGCCAAAUACAAGCGAUGUUGCUGAUGAUGACAUCGAUGGCAAGGCACAGCCACUGGCCACGCAGGAGAAACUAAAGAGUCUCAUGAGCGAAUGGGUAGAUGAUGAUGAGGACGAGAAUGAUGAUGAGAAUGGGGUUAGUGCUGCGGCGAAAGAGCAACUCUAAUUACUAGAUUUAUUUAUGUUUUAAGUUCGUUUUCGAUUGCCAGUGCUACAAUGCGAACGCGACCGCGACCAUUUAAUAAAAUGUGUCAGCGUACGAAAUAUUGUAGUAUAGAUAUAAAUACAUAUUUAUAUGCAA